GCCGCCGCCGCCGCGGUGGGGCGGGACGGGGAGGGGGGUCAUGCCCGGCGCCGCGCCCGGCGCCCCGCGCCCGCGCUGAGGCGGCACCAUGGCCGAGUCGCUGCGGGAGGAGGCGCCGGGCGGGCCGGAGUCGGAGGCCGAGCUGUCGCAGCGGCUGGCCCGCACCAAGGCCCGCUCGUACGGCAGCACGGCGAGCGUGGCGGCGCCGCUGGCCGAGCGCUACGUGGAGCACCGCCUGGGGCCCGGCGACACGCUGCAGGGCAUCGCGCUCAAGUACGGCGUCACGAUGGAACAAAUAAAACGGGCAAAUAAACUGUUCACUAAUGACUGUAUAUUUCUGAGGAAAACCCUGAAUAUACCUGUUAUAUCAGAGAAACCUUUACUGUUUAAUGGACUUAAUUCACUGGAGUCUCCUGAAAAUGAAACUGUUGAGAGCUCCCCUUCCUGCGAGGAAGGGCWGGCCGCAGCACGGGAUGACAGUAGUUCUUCUCCCAGCCCUGAAGAGCCCGACAAUCAGCCCGUUGCACCAGAAGAACUAUCUGCCAAAGACUUUCUACAAAGAUUGGACUUGCAGAUCAAAUUAUCCAAACAAGCAGCCAGAAAACUAAAAGAUGACACUGUCAGAGAGGAGGAAAAUGAAGAAAGUCCCUAUGCAAGUUCUUCCUAUCACCAAUAGAAGACAGACAUGAUGGCUUGGAAACUUCCAAUGAAAUCAGUUCUUAAAGAACUAAAUGUUCAAUACUUAAAAAAAAAAAAAAAAAAAAAAGUAGUCUUUUGGACUGAACAUCAUGAUGUACUUUACAAAAGUCAUGAAUGGGUAAUUUCACUGACUGUGUAAUUGCACUGAAAUUAUGACCUCUUCUGCCUUCCACAGGUUAAUAUUCUUAUGCUCUAUCAACAAACGGUUUAAGCCUUCCAGAGCUAGCAAUGGCCUUUUUAUCCCGUCUGUGCAAAUUGUAGCAUGGUAGCAACAACAUAUCCUUGAGGUCUCCUUUAUGUAGGAUGUUGAUCUUUAGUAAACAUUUUGUAAAUGCUUGUUAAAGUGCAAAACUUGUUUGAAGUAUUUAAAAGUAUUAAGUUUGCGUGUCAAUGAUGAACUGUAAAAAAUGAGGCAAAAAACUUACUCUGCCAACACAGAGCAGGCAAGGUUGCUGUGGGAGUUCUGCCUAUGGAAUCUCUGCAGAGCUUGCCUCUGAACUCUGUGUGACUAUAAGAACAUCUAUGUAUUUCUAGAAAGAGGAAUUUGAAUGGUUUUGAUUAGUUAAUGCCUUCAUGGUCAAAGGAACGAUUUGCAAACUGGAUUCUUGCUAAGAGUUACAGCAGGAGAUAUUUUUAUUUGUGAGAUAGUGACUUUGGAAUAUCAGAUGUAUGUUCGUGUGUGCAGUUAUAUU